CUGACAACAUGCAUUACGCAUCUAAGCCCAAUAGAUAUGUGCUCUCUAUGAUAACACCAGUUGGCGCUCUCUCUCUCUCUCUCUCUCUGUUUCUCACCCACUCGUGCCCCUUCGCUUCCCCUCCCACACUUCCACACACGCACACAUUUGUGCAUCCUGUCAUUUUUUUUUUUAAUGCCAGGCGCGCGCUUUCGGGGUGCUGGAUUCUUCUUCUUAAUAUGGUGCUUUUUGUGACGAUGACGCCGAUGUCGAAGACGGCGGCGGCGGACUACUGGCAUCUCCACCAUCAUCAUCGGCUCCCAUAGGAAGGAGUACGCCGCCUGUCUUUUUUUUUUUUUUUCCUUUUGCUUGAUUUUUUUUUUCUCCCCUUCUCGCUCUUUUGGUAUUUUGAGUGCACUCUUUGCUUCCUGGAACGCCGAGACCUGCCGCAACCUCCGUUCAAUGCAGUUGGAACAUGUCCUAUGUUCCCAUCCAAGGUAGGGACGGACGCCUAUAUAUCUAUUUUUUUCUCUCUCUCUCUCCCUCUCUCUCUCUCAUGUUGUCAUCCUCCGCACCGCACCGUACCGCACCGCAUCCUUCCUUCAUUCCUCAUGACGCCCGCCGUCGCCCGCUCGUUGGCUGACAUGCAUGUGAAGGCACCAGCAGCAGCGGCAGCACGGUCGACAGAUGCAAGGUGUGCCAUCGCCCCCCCGUCCUAUCACCACCACCACCAUCGGCAGCAGCAGUAUCGGCAGCACGGGUUCCCGCCUGCCUACAGCCGGCUCCCGUACGAGCAGCCGUCCAACGAGCGCUGGAACGCCCGUCUGCGCGUGAGCCCCGCAAAGCCGCAACACAUGUUGGACCAGGAAGAGGUUCACCCUUUGCUGAUGCGCGAGAGGCGCUCCGAGUCGCACAGGAACAAGCUGCUACGCCGUACGGUCAGCGUUCCCGUUGAGGGACGCCCGCACCCCGACAUGCACGAUCAGCGACCUCGUCGGAAGAGCAUCGCCACUGGGAAGCAGCCCAGCAUGGACGUCCCCCCCAACGCCCCCCUCCAACCCUUCCGACAAUCCAGUUUCCUGAGCAGGAGGUUGAAGGGCUCCAUCAAGAGGGCUAAGAGUCAGCCCAAACUGGACCGCAGCAGCAGUUUCCGCCAGAUGAUCCUGCCCCGCUUCCGCAGUGCCGACCAGGACAGGACUCGUUUGAUGCAAAGCUUCAAGGAGUCGCACUCGCACGAGUCGCUGCUGUCGCCCAGCGGCGCGGCCGAGGCGCUGGACCUGACGCUGGACGAGGACGCCGUCAUCAAGCCGGUCCACUCCAGCAUCCUCGGCCAGGAGUACUGCUUCGAGGUGACCACCGCGUCGGGGACCAAGUGCUUCGCGUGUCGCUCGGCGGCCGAGAGAGACAAGUGGAUCGAGAACUUGCAGAGAGCCGUCAAGCCCAACAAGGACAACAGCCGCCGCGUGGACAACGUGCUGAAGCUGUGGAUCAUCGAGGCGCGAGAGCUGCCCGCCAAGAAGCGCUACUACUGCGAGCUGUGCCUUGACGACAUGCUGUACGCGCGCACCACCAGCAAGCCGCGCACCGACACCGUCUUCUGGGGGGAGCACUUUGAAUUCAACAACCUGCCCGCCGUGCGAAACCUACGCCUGCACCUCUACAAGGAGACUGACAAGAAAAGACGCAAGGAAAAAAGCACCUAUUUAGGGCUGGUGAGCAUCCCCAUCUCCAGCAUCACGGGGCGUCAGUUCGUGGAGCAGUGGUACCCCGUCAUCCAGCCCAGCGUCCUGACCAAGGGGGCGGGAGUGGGCGUGGGCGGCGGCGGCGGCAAGAUCAUCAACGCCUCCUUGCGCCUCAAGUCGCGCUUCCAGACCAUGAACAUCCUGCCCAUGGAGCUCUACAAGGAGUUCGCCGAGUACGUCACCAACAACUACCGCACCCUCUGCGCCGUUUUGGAGCCCGUGCUCAGCGUCAAGAGUAAAGAGGAGGUGGCCUGUGCCCUGGUGCACAUUCUGCAGAGCACCGGAAAAGCCAAGGACUUCCUGUCGGACAUGGCCAUGUGCGAGGUGGACCGAUUCAUCGACCGGGAGCACCUCAUCUUCAGAGAGAACACGCUGGCCACCAAAGCCAUAGAAGAGUACCUCAAGCUCAUCGGACACAAGUACCUCAAGGACGCCAUCGGGGAGUUCAUCCGCGCCUUGUACGAAUCGGAGGAAAACUGCGAGGUGGACCCCGUACGGACGCCCCCCUCCGUGCUGCCCGACCACCAGGCCAACCUCAGGAUGUGCUGCGAGCUGGCCCUCUGCAAGAUCCUCAAUUCACAAUGCGUGUUCCCCCGCGAGCUGAAGGAGGUGUUCGCGUCGUGGCGCGUGCGCUGUGCCGAGCGCGGGCGCGAGGACAUCGCCGAGCGCCUGAUCAGCGGCUCGCUCUUCCUGCGCUUCCUGUGUCCCGCCAUCAUGUCGCCGUCACUCUUCAACCUGACGCAGGAAUAUCCCGACGAGCAGACCAGUAGAACCCUCACGCUCAUCGCCAAAGUGCUGCAGAACCUCGCCAACUUUUCCAAGUUCGGCGUGAAGGAGGACCACAUGUGCUUCAUGAACGAGUUUGUGGAGCUGGAAUGGGGCUCCAUGCAGCACUUCCUCUACGACGUGUCCAACGCCGACGGCGCGGGAAACGCCGGCGCCUUCGAGGGCUACGUGGACCUAGGACGCGAGCUCUCCGUGCUGCACGGCCUCCUGUGGGAGGCGGUGGCACAGCUGGGCAAGGACGCCAUCGUCAAGCUGGGCCCUCUGCCGCGCCUCCUGAACGACAUCAGCGUGGCGCUGCGGAACCCGCACCUCCAGCGGCAACCCAGCCACCAAGCAGAGCGACCCCCGUCCCGACCCGCCUUCGACCGCCAGGGCUCCUCCGACUUCCACAACCUCGUCAUGAGGGACCUCAACAGCUCUAUGGACACCAGCCGCCUGCCUUCGCCUACCUCCACCGGCGGGAUGAUGGCGUCCCGCUCGCAAAUGAGUUUUCAGGAGCGCGAGCGCUUCCUCCGGCGAGAGCCGUCCAAGGACGCGUACUACGCGUCCCGCCCCCCGCUGGCCCGCUCCAGUCCGGCCUACUGCACCAGCAGCUCGGACAUCACCGAACCCGACGGCAAGGAUUCCCGAAUGAACAGCGUGUCUAACCUGAUGUCGGUGGACAUGCUCAACUCCUCCCAGGCCUCGGUCGCCGGCACGGGCAGCUUCGGGGGCCCGGGCGGCGGCGGCAGGUUGUCGGGCGGCUCCGGCGGCCUGCGCCUGAGCCGGCUGGCCGCCGUCGACUCGCUGUCCCGGCAGCAACAACUGCAGGCCGCCGCCAUGCGCUACCCGCUUUCCUUCCAGAAUCCCCUCUUUCACCUGGCGGCGACGGCCGACGGGCCCCAACGCCGGCCCCAGCAGCACCACCAACACCACCAGCAUCGCGCUCAGCCCCCCGCGCCCCUGCUGCUGACCCCCGAGCCCGCCGGCUACGUGCCGCAGUUCGCCCACGGUGGCUUCUCUCGCAGCGAGGACCUGUCCACCCUUCGCGCCCGCGACGCCCACCUGACCCAGCCCAGCAUCAUCCACUCGCACAGCUACAGCGACGACUACGGCAGGGCCGACUACGCCCGACGUCAGAUGUCCGUGCACAUGCAGGAUCAUCAGCAUCAAAUGACGGGGGGCCUGACGUCGCAGACGGGCACCUCCCACUCCUCUUUGGCUACCACACCUCCCUCCACUGUGCAACCUCGAGCGCCGCCCCUUCCCGCCCAACGCGUCAAGUCCCAGACGUCCCACCAGCUGUCGGUCGGCGGCGGCGCCGUCCCGGCCAAGUCCCGGCCGCCGAGCGGCAACCUCCUGCAGUCGCCCGAGUCGGCCUUCGGGGGCGGGCGGCAGCAGCUGCCGCGCGGCGGCGGGCUCGGCCGCCAGAUGUCCAGCAAGGACAACGCGGCGCCGGGGCUGCCCCGUCAGCAGAGUUCGGUCCGGGAGUCGGGGAGUCCGCAGGGGACCGGCAGCCCCGCCACGCAGCAGUCGCCCCAGCAGUCCCAGCAGACGCCUGCGGCUCCGCCUCAGCAGCAUCUACUCAAGCCCAACGUCGCAAAACAGGCGCCUUCCGGGUUGACGGCGGGGACGCCGGCCAACGAGCGGACGGUGGCCUGGGUGUCCAACAUGCCUCACCUGUCGGCGGACAUCGAGAGCUCGCGCAUCGACCGCGAGGACUUCAAGCUCAAGGAGUACUCCAAGAGCAUGGACGAGUCGCGCAUGGACAGGGUGCGCGAGUACGAGGAGGAGAUCAACUGCCUGAAGGAGCGGCUGGUGAUGUCGCACAAGAAGCUGGAGGAGUACGAGCGCCGCCUCCUGACGCAGGAGCAGCAGACCAACAAAAUCCUCCUCCAGUACCAGAAUCGGCUGGAGGACAGCGAGCGCCGCCUUCGCCAGCAGCAGGUGGAGAAAGACUCUCAAAUUAAAGGCAUCAUCAACAGACUGAUGGCCGUGGAGGAUGAAAUUCGAGGAGGACACGUCAUUGAGAGCAAAAGCAGGAUUUUCCCCGAUCAGGGGAGACGUCCGUCCAUCCUAGCGCAGCCUCGUCUCGCCCCCGUCCCACCCCGAGUGUCCAGGAGAACCAGCUUUCCUCCUUGGGUUCAGCAGACCCCGGUGUGAAAAUCCCGCCGGAGCCGGAAAGCGGCCCUCGAUGCCUGGAGAGCUCCGUGGCGACCGGAACCCCCGGCGCGGAACCCGGGGGUGGGCGGGCGGGCGACCGAUAAAAACACAGACAAAAAGAGAGAGAGAGAGAGAGAUGCUCAGAAAGUAUUUUUCCUGCUCACACAACACAAAAAAAAAACCAAAUCAAAGGGCUUUCUUCAACUUUGCUGUCUUGCCGGACGAGAUGGCGACACACACACGCACACGCAGGCAGGUUUCGCGGCGGGAGGUCGGGCACCCUUUGAGUGGUCCUCAGUGCCUUGAGAUUGGCUCGUAAGGCCCCUCCGGUCAGGGUUAUAUUGACUGCAGAACAGGUUGUUUUCUCUUCUCAAUAUCAGAACCCAAAACUGGUGCUAAACAGGAGAAAAUGGUGCAAUUGAGAGUUUUUGCAUGCCACUGGCUCGCUGUCCGCUUUGUCUGUCAGCUGACGUCUUGUGUCCAAUGCUUCUCCUUUUCUAUAUAUCAUUCAAUAUUAUUUGUUUCAGUUUUUUUAAUAUGUUGCUCUUCUAACUUGACCUAACUUCACAUUGAAUAGGUUUAUAAUAAUAACGCUAAGUAUUCAAAAAAAAUUGAAGAUUCUUUGACACUGAUAAAAGUCUUUUAACACUAGAACUACCAAGGGUGGAUUAAUUGUUACCAGAGAAGGCUCAUCUGACUCUAAUCAGCAUAUCUUUUGUGAGCAUUGAGGUCCUCAUUACUCAUUCCCAUUCACACUCGCAAAACCACAGAGUUGAAUUGCUCCAAAUAGCAUCUUGAGUGUUCGCAGCGCAGGGCUGCCUUGGCUUUGUCGGACAGUGGACCGCUCAGGCAGGCAAUCGGGCGGACAACCUUUUUACGGUAUGAACAGUAUCCUGAAGCUUGUGUUUGCUGUGACAAAACAGCUGUUUGAGCUGCUGUGGAAAGUUCUUUGGUCAUUGUGUGCUUCAACAUAAUAAACUGUGAACCUUGACAACUGAAUGUUGGACUUGUCAAGACAAGUAAAGGUGCUUGAUGGGAUUUUUCCCAGAUGUUCUAACACUCAAUUUUCUAAAAUGUAGACAGUCUGGUUUAGCUACAGUUCUGGAUGCUAGUCUUAGUUUCAUGCCACGUGGCCCUCUCAUCAUUUUUACACUAACCCAGGAGUUUACAAGACUGGAUUUGCAAAUAUUCAAGAUGCUAAUUGCAGCAAUCCAGAGUGGCCCCCCACCCCUUCACUCCUCGGCUGCUUGAUUGCUUGUUUGAGUGGUCUAAUUUUUGCAAAGCAAAAUAGUUAGUUUGGUAUCAGGGUCAUUUGACGCCUUUCUGGGACCCUGGGACUUCCUGUGUUAAAAGAACAACUUAGUUAAGACUUAAUAUUUACAUCAAUGCAUUGACUCUGAUGGGAUCGUAGCUUGAAGGCGGCCAUUUUGGCCAGGGCGAUGAAAGGUCUUUACAUGUUUCUGCCAUCAAUUGAAAUGAGUUCAUCGCUAGUAGAUGUCCGAUCUAUUUGAAGUAGGAACGAUCGGUCACUUGCUGUCAGUCCUCCACUUCUAAUAGAUUGGACGUCUUGCGCCGUCAAUGGCAGCCAAAGCACAAAUAGCAGAUUCUUUAACGAUAAAUGAUAAAAUAACCUUUUGAAAAAAAUCGGUAGAGAAAUAAGCUUGUUAGGACUUCAUUUGUUUGUCAAUGCAUUGACUUUGAUGGGAAUGUUGCCUCCAGGCGGCCAUGUUGGUUGGGGCCGUGAACGCCUACUUCUGCCGUCAAGUGAAACGAGUUUAUCGCUAGUAGACGUCCAAUCCAUUAGAGUGGGACGGUCGGCAGCAAAUGAAUGACCGCUAAUUCUCUGCCAUUCUUCCCACUUCAAAUGGAUUGGAAGUCUAGCACUGUCAAUGCCAGCCGAAAAAUAAUUAGCAGAUUCUUUGACAAUUAUAAAAUUGUCUUUUAAAGGAACAAGCUAGCUAUGACUUAAUAUUAACGUCAAUGCAUUGACAUUGAUGGGAACGUGGCCUCAAAGUGGCCAUGCUGGUAGGGUCCAUGAAAGGUCUUUUCCUGCUUCCGCAGUCAAUUGAAAUGAGUUCAUUGCUAGUAGAUGUCCUAUCCAUUUGAAGUGGGACGGUUGGCACCAAAUGAAUGAUCGCUAAUUCACUGUCAGCCCUCAUACUUCAAAUGGAUUGGACGUCUACCGCUGUCAAUGGCAGCCAAAGCGCAAAUGGCAGAUUCUUUGACAAUGAAAUGAAAUGAAUGAAAAUAUUCUUUUAAAGGAACAUGACAUAAUAUUAACAUCAAUGCAUUGACUUUGAUGGGUACGUGGAACGUGUAAACGGAUUGGUUGUCUAUCAGCGAUAAAGUAAUUUCACUUGACGGCAGAAGCAUGAAAAGACCUUUUGUCGCCCCUACCAAGAUGGCCGCCUUCAGGCCAUGUUUCCAUCAAAGUCAAUGCAUUGACAUUGAAAUGACGUCAUAACCUGCUUAUUUCUCACCCUCCUACUUGCAAUCGAUUGGACGCCCUUUGCCAUUAAUGUUUUUUUGUUUUUGUUUUAAUGGCAGUGAAUGACAUCUUAAAUGUUUCGUGCUCAUCUUCUGCUUCUCUGUACCUUCACACUCUAGGGGGCGUGGUCAAAUGGGGGUGGGGUCUUAACUCAUUGACUGCUAUUGUAGGUCUAUUCCAUUGGAAGUGGAGGGCAGGCAGCCAAUGAAAGAAUAGCAGCCAAUGAGUUCAAUGAAUCCGUGAUUGGAAUGCAAUUGCUGACUAGUGCUGCGCUAGCUGGCUAGCACAUGCUGACAAAAGGCUCACACUCACACAAGAGAAUAGCGCACCUAUGGAUUUCAUAAUAGCAGCUCAUUCUCAGUGUGACCUCAACUUCUGGUUUUUUACUGGGCGGGGUCAAGAAAUGACAAAUUAGGAUCAGCAAAAGGAAGUGACCCGAUAUCAACAGAAGGUCACUCCGAACCACCCCCAUAUUAACAGGAAGUGAUCUGAAAUCAACACGAGUGACUCCGAAACACCCCCAAAUCAACAGGAAGUGAUCUGAUAUCAACAGGAAGUGAUCCAAUAUCAACAUGAAGUGCUCAGAUAUCAACAGGAAGUGACCCGAUAUAACAGGUAGUGACCCAAAAUCAACAGGAAGUGAUCAGAUUUCAACAGAAAGUGAUCCGAUAUCAACAGGAAGUGACCCGAUAUCAACAGGAAGUGACUCCGAAACAUCCACAUAUAAACAGGAAGUAAUCAGCUAUCAACAGGAAGUGACCCGAUACCAAUAGGAAGUGAUCGAUAUCAACAAGAAGUGAUUCCGAAACACAUCAGUAUUUCUUGUUAUGACAUCACAACCAGAAUUGAUAUCUAGCUUUCUAGCGCUGUACUAGUUAGCGAGCUAGCACACAUUGACAAAUCGAUCACGAGGCAACAAGAGAAUGGCACACCCUUGGGUAGCAUGCUAGCUGCUCAUUCUGGGUCAUCUUCUGUUGGGAGAUGCGUUUAGUGGGCGGGGCCAAAAAAGACGAAGCUUUUAUGGAUGGAUUUGUGUCCACAGUAUGCUCUGCUACCAUUUUUAAGUCAUUUGCUAUAUGUUGCUGUUCAUAGCACUUUCAAAGUUCCACCCUUAGUUUUUACGAAUAACCAUCUGAGUGGCAAAAAUGGCCACAAAUUUUUGGGCUCCAAAGUAUACCGCAUGUCGAUAGCCAAUAGAGUAGUUUUCUGCUGAAAUGACUCCGCCCCCUUGUCUUUCUUUAGCCACUCGCAAAGCUUCAUGGAGGACAGCGUGGAAGCUAACUGGCUGCUACGCCAACAGCGCCUCGCGGCGGGCUGGCGCAGCCAAAUGUCCCGCGCGCUUUCCCGCGACGCCGUGGGCUGACGAAGGGACAACGCGGGCGUCCCGGUCUGUGUACUCUGAGGACCCCGGCGGAUCACGUGAGGAGCCGCGGCGGGUCCUCGUUUUUGGUUGUUGUUUUUUUCGAAGGGCGCGGUAGGACGACGGGACAUUUGCGUAUGACUAUGCAGGAAAGGAUUCAAGGGGAGACGGCUGAGGUGCAUUGUGGGGAUUGUAUUUCCAAGGUGCUUGACCGCUCUUAACCCUCCUGUUAGGUCAACCAAUUGCCACUAUCCAAAAUGGAAUCAUCCCUGAUCAGUUUAGGCUAUAGGACCUUAAGACUUUUUGCUGCGUCCUAUUAUGAUAGACAUGUCUAGAUGUGUCCCUCGGUGGAACUGCGAACAGAGGGUGUUUUUUUGUUUCGUUUAUUUAGUAACGAUCCAGGCCACAUUUUCAUGGAAUUUUCCCCCGAGAUGGCACACGUCUAUUCUGUCGAACUCAGUGAAACAGGUAACGGGCCUAGGUUCAAGCCCAAAUUUUUUUUUUUUUUUUUAUUAGUUCCCAAAAUGGCUGCUAACGAGCAAAAUGGCAUGCCUGUGUCUAUAAGACUUUUUGGUUGACAUGUCUACCCUGUUUCAUGUCCCUUGGUGAAACUGGUAACAGGGUGUUGUUGUUUUUUUAAUGUUCCAGUCCCCAUUUUUAGUAGAAUUUGUCCCCAAAAUGGCUGCUAACAACCAAAAUAACACACGUCACCCCGUGAGACUUUUUGGAGCGUCUAAUUACUGUACCGUAUUUCAUGUUUCUCGAUGAAACUGUUAAAAAAAGGCUCAUUUCAUUAUCAAGCCCAAUUUAUAUGAAAUUUGUCCCCAAAAUGGCUGCUAACAACCAAAAUGACGCGUGGCCCGGUGAGACUUUUUGGUGCGUCCACUCAUGAUAGACACGUCUACCGAAUCUCUCUGUGAAACUGGUAACAGAAGGUCGUUUUUUGUUGUUGUUGUGGUUUCUGUCUGUCUAGCUCCGUUUUAAUGGAAUUUUUCCCCAAAAUGGCUGCUAACAACCACAAUGAAAACCCUGGGUCCAUGAGAUUUUUUGGAAGACAUGUUGUUUCAAUGUCCCUUGGUGAAACUGCCAACAGGGUGUUGUUGCUUUUAUUUAUUUAUUUUUUAAACAUUUCGGCCCUCAUUUUCAUAAAUUUGUCCCCAAAAUGGCUGCUAACAACCAAAAUAGCACAUGUAGGCCAAAAACCAUUUGACCCAAUACCGUUCAUACACCAAAACGACCGGAAUCCUCAUGCCAUACGGGCUCUCUUUUGUUUGACACCUCAGAAAUGGAGAUAUUUGCCAUGUGGCAAAAUGAAUUUUGCCAUGUGGCAUUUUUUUGCAAUGUGACAAAAUGGAUUUUGACAUGUGGCAUUUUUUUUCGUAUGUGGCAAAACAGAUUUUAGUUUGUGGCAUUU